AUGAAGCGAGGCGGCGAGGGGGUCUGGUGCUAUCUGGACUCACGGCGGUCUAACGGGAUCAGUCUGCGAGCAGGAGAAGGCAGCGGGGCAGGAGAUGUCGGGUCUUACCAGCGGUUGGGUCAACGUAUGCAGGAUAUUACUGGUGACAGAGGAGUGUUGAAAGAAAUAAUCCGAAAUGGCUCUGGUGAGACAGUUCCUCCUGAUGCAUCAGUAUUAGUGAAAUUUUCAGGAUAUUUAGAACAUAUGGACAGACCAUUUGACACAAAUUGCUUUAGGAAGAACCCCAAACUCAUGAAACUUGGUGACGAUAUUACUCUGUGGGGCAUGGAAGUUGGAUUACUGACAAUGAGAAAAGGAGAGUUGGCAAGAUUUCUCUUCAAACCAAAUUAUGCUUUUGGAACUUUGGGUUGCCCUCCUUUGAUUCCUCCCAAUUCCACAGUCUUGUUUGAAGUUGAGCUUUUGGACUUUCUGGACUCAGCAGAAUCAGACAAGUUCUUUGACCUGCCUCCUGAACAACAGGAUGGAUUUCCACUGCAGAAAAUAUUAAAGGUAGCAGAAACAGAACGUGAGUUAGGCAAUUACCUCUUCCGUCAGAAGCACUUCAUGGAUGCCAGGGACAGGUACAAGCGAGCUUCUUCAGUACUCAAUCGUGUAUGUGCCAAGGAAGCUGAAAAAGGCAAAGUUGAUGCUGCCAAGCUUCUGGUCUUCCUGAACUUGUCAUUUGUUUGCUUGAAGUUGGAACGUCCAGGUCGAGCCCUUACCUAUGGUGAAAAAGCCUUAGAGUUAGAUAAGAAGAAUGCUAAAGCCCUCUUCAGAUGUGGUCAGGCAUGCCUCUACCUGGCAGAGUACGAGAGAGCCCGAGAUUUUCUGGUCAAAGCUCAGAAACAGCAGCCCUUCAACCAAGAUAUUAACAAUGAAUUGAAAAAGCUGGCCAGCUGUUACAGAGAUUACAUGGUGAAAGAGAAGGAGAUGUGCUGUAAGAUGUUUGCCCCACUUAAUUCUCAUUCAUCAAGAGCAGACUUGGAAGAUUAUGCAGAAGGGAAAGAAGAGAGAAGGGUAACCAUACUGUUCAUUGUUUGGUUGUCUCCCCUCAUCCAGUUCCUUGCCUUUCCUUCAGAAUAGAAGUAUUACAUAUAAUUAGAUCUUCAAUGCACUGAUUUA